AUGAGUUGCACAGAUUCAACAGAUACAACAUAUCAAAUCUUUUGGUAUGAUUAUUUUGUAUCAACCGGAUAUAUUGAUACUACAACAAAUUAUAAUGCACCCUACGGCAUAUGUACAGGUUCAUUAUUAUGGAUAACUUAUUUAGUGAAUUUGAUUCACUUUUUUAUUCUGUCUAGUGGUACACUCUAUCUUAUAAAUUUUCAUCGAGAUAAAACUGGAUUUUGGUGGCCGUUCCUAACUUGGACUAUAUCGGUUGUUUUUCUCGUUAUAUCGAUUAUUCUCUUUAUUAUUCGUUAUUUGAGUUUUAACAUAUUUUCCAUUCUAAUUAUUGCAUUUCAAUUGGCACUUGUGACUAUUUUAUGGUUUUCAAUCUUUAUUAUCGUUGCGUUCAAUUUCAAAGUUGAGUAUCGUUAUCAACGAUGUUUACUCCUCUUUGUUAUUCUAUUAUGUGUGAUUCAAGUCGGCUGUGUACAACUACAAGCUCUAUUUACCUUGCAUUGUAUUUAUAAUAUCAAAUUUCCUUCGACAACAUUGGAUUAUGGUUAUUGGUCGGCAAUUAUUGCUGCUAUCGGUACAAUAGACUCGGCUCUUCUAUUGAUUCAUGCAUUUAUGUGGUGUCGACAACAACAACCGCAACGAUCGACGAGAGUCAACCCUGGAUCAUUGACUCAAGCAACUGAUAAUCGAAAUCGAGCUGCAUCAACUAUACGACCAAUGGACGCUAGAAAGCGACCCUCAUCACCUGUUGUACACAAUGAACGUAUAGAUCGAGUCACAUCGCCUAUUGAUUCAACAAUAUUACGUGAGUUUCAUCGACAGCCACAUGUAUCCCCGAAUCAUAUAUAUAGUAAUGCAGGACGUACAAGAAGGUCUCAUAUUCAACUCAAUAAUCCGCCGAUGAAGCGUCCCAAAACAAGUACAAUAAACCCGAAAAUUCUUUCUAUCAACGCUCAUGAACGUGGUACGCAGACAUAA